AUAUAUAUAUUAUAGCAACAUCUGAUCCCAGAAAAAUAUAUAUUUAUACGUAUACCUAUAUUUUUUUAAUCAAAUUUAUACAUUUUUGAAUUGAUUCAGUCAAUUCUCUUUGCUUGAGUAUCAACCAAAUAUUAGGAGGAAAACUGGCGUGUCUUUGUUACCAACACCCCCCGUCUCUCUUUCUCCUACUAUUAAGUGCUUCCGUCGAAAGCGGAAGUUAGACAUGAGCUAAACCUUGGACCAAUUUUAUAAUGACCGGGACUCUAAAAAUUUGAUUAAGACUAAAAACCAAACAACAACAAAAAAAACUUGAAAGCGUCUGUAGUUUUAAUGAGGAAAAGUGAAUUCUAACUAAAAGUUACCAGCAACAACGUAUUCAUACGAGCUCGUGAGUUUUGAAAAGUUAUCGGAUUACUUGCCAAAUUGGAUGUUUUUUGUGUCGUUUUAGAGUGGAGCCGUACCAUAGAGAGUCAUGAAUGAAGUAAUAAUGGAGUUCAGACAGAACUAUACCUACGGGUAUAUAGUGGAAUACAUCCCAGAAAACCACACCAGAUGUUCGAGUUGGAUUCUUGUGCCAGGAGAAAACCUUUGGCUUCAUACAACACGAGGUGUGAUUUAUAUAAUAGCCAUGCUGUACAUAUUUUUAGGAAUUGCUAUUGUCUCCGAUUUGUUCAUGAGUAGUAUUGAAGUAAUUACCAGCCAAAAGAAAACAGUCUACAAGUGGGAUGAGGAGCGACAGGAGAGAAUUGCAAAAGAAGUAAUGGUGUGGAACGAAACUGUCGCCAAUCUUACACUUCUAGCUCUUGGAAGCAGUGCUCCAGAGAUAUUAUUGGCCACAAUAGAGAAUGUUUUAAGACUUGGGGACCAAAGCGGGGAGAAAAACCUUGGUACUUUUACCAUUGUAGGUAGCGCUGCUUUCAAUUUGUUAAUGAUAACCUCCGUUUGUAUAUCCAGUUUACCAAAUGACAAAGUAAAGAAAAUCAAAACGUUUGGAGUAUUUAUUACAACGUCUAUCUGGUCUCUAUGGGCUUAUAUAUGGAUGUAUAUCGUAACAGCUUUCAUCUCUCCCGGAGUUGUAACUAUUUGGGAAGCCUGGGUAACAUUCCUAUACUUCCCUGCCUUCGUACUCCACGCCUACGCACAAGAUAACGGCUGGUGGAUAUGUAAACGAAAGAAACAAUCACCAACAAUCAUUACUGAGGAUCCUCCAUCAGUCGGCAUGAGAGUGGUUCAUCACACAAACGUUCAUGCCGCAAUGCACGCUGGGAAAAUGCAGCGUGUUCCGUCAGAAACGUCAGAUGAUGGACGUAGUGUCGUCAUCACUUGCACUGAAAUUGAACCGACCAGCGGAAACCGUGUUUUAACAGCUCGAAGGUCCGGACACGAACCCCAGGCAUUUGCGAGAGCGAGGUCGGCAUCAGUGCAGUCAAGCUCAUCUCAUGCAUCUCUCAGAUUCCGUCACGCUGCCUUCAAUGUACUUCUUGGGCGAAGGAAAACUACCCGACGCCACAGUGCCGGACAAAUCGAACAUGUUUAUAUUGGCGGCCAUUCACAUAAAUGGUUAGAUCUCAUGUACAUGAAAGGAUGGUCACCUAACAAAGGAGUGAGUUCAGAUGAUUGUCAAGGUUACUUCCUGUUCGCUUCUGAAAAGUACAGCAUUUUUGAAGGUGGUGGUGUACUGGAAGUUGAUGUCCUUUUUGCGAGAGCUUUACAAAUUCCUGAUAGAAAAAAAGCCCGAAGCAAUGAUAUUGUAGUACAGAAUUCAACCAGUGCUGAUGCCAUCCCAAACUGUCACCAGAAGAAAUCACCAAAAUCAACGGAUAGCAUCAACCUUGGCACUGGUUUGGUUUCUGUCGAUUAUGAAACGCGUGAAAGUUCUGCAAAAGCAGGAGUAGAUUUCCGACCAAUCACUGGAACAUUGGUAUUUCGUGAAGAUGAAUACAGAAAGCAGAUAAGUGUAGAUAUUCUCAGUGAUGGAUAUACCACCAACACAAUUGAUUUCUUCCUGAUACUAAAGAAUCCUUCUGGCAAUGCAGGUCUCGGGGAUCCUUCUGUGGCUCAUAUCGUCGUUAUUGGUCGACAUGAGCCAGGAGAAUUCUUGUUUGAAUCAGCAUAUUGCCAUGCAGAUAUGAAAAAAGGGAGUGUUACAGCAAUUGUUCAUCGUGAAGGUGGUUUUGACAGCACUGUCUCAGUGCAGUAUCAAACGAUGGACGGUACAGCAUGUGGAGGCAAUGAGUUGGGUUCAGGAGUUGAUUACAUUGCAACUAAGGAUGUUUUGACAUUUGCUGAUGGAGAAAUAACAAAAGCUAUCACUAUCGAUGUCAAUAUGGAUGUGAAGAUAUGCAAAAAUUUCAUAAUUGUUCUGAGUAAUCCUGACAAUGGAGCCAGAAUCGGUGAACGCAGUGCUGUUGUAUGCUUCAUGAAUAACGAUGAACUGGCUGUACGUUUAGGAGAAGCAAUAGAAGAAUCUGAAGAAGAAUCAAUGUCCUGGUUUGAACAAAUUACAAGUGCAAUGGAAGUUGGUGGAGAUGUCGAUAUGGCCACAAAAGCAGAAUUAAUGUGGUAUGACUACAUUUUACAUUUCUUAACCUUCUUCUGGAAAGUGAUCAUUGCUCUACUACCACCAACGAGUUACUGUAAUGGCUGGGUAACCUUCAUCAGUUCUCUCACAGCAAUUGGUGUUCUUACUGCUUUUGUUGAACAGCUUGGAAAUCUUCUUGGCUGUGUGGUUGGUUUGAAACAAAGUGUGACUGGAAUUACCAUAAUUGCUUUAGGAACCAGCCUUCCUGAUACAUUUGCCAGUCGCACAGCUGCCAAACAUGACAGUAAUGCAGAUGCAGCUAUAGGAAAUAUCACAGGCAGCAACAGCGUGAAUGUCUUCCUAGGACUUGGACUUCCCUGGGUUAUAUGUAGUAUGUACUACACUAUCAAAGGUGAAUCCUUCUUGGUGACCAACAAUAACUUAGCAUCCAGUGUUACACUUUUCACAAUUUGUGGUGUCAUUUGCAUUACUUUACUAGUGUUACGUAGACUGAUCGUCGGUGGUGAGCUGGGAGGAUCUUGGUGUGUUUCACGGAUGUGCAGCCUAUUCUUAUUUCUCUUAUGGGUAACAUAUAUAUGCAUAAUUGGUGCCAAAUCAUAUGAUGUCAAAAUUCUCCCUUGGCUCGACGUGUUGUAGCAUGUAGAAUGCUUUGUCAUAACAAUAGUGCGGUUGAACAAGAAGCUUGAUGUACUUCUACCACAGCUUUGAACACAACACUCACAACCAACAACAAGAAUGAAUGAACGAAUAAAUAAAUAAAAAAGUA